GCAGCGAUCGUUUAUUUGAGGAUAUAGCUGGGGUCGGAAGGAACAUGGGGCUGUGUCAGAGGUGGCGGCUGCUCCGGCUCCCAGGGUUUCAAGCCUGCGGGCUGCACACGGUGCGUGAGGCAGCUGUGCCGACCCCUCCAAACUGGUUGGUAGAGCGGCGUGGCCUUUUUGAGGAGCUAUGGACUGCCCAGGUAAAGAGGUUAGCAAGCAUGGCACAGAAGGAACACCGGGCUAUCAAGAUAUCACUUCCUGGAGGUCAGAAAGUGGACGCUGUGGCAUGGAAGACAACCCCUUACCAACUAGCCCAGCAGAUCAGUUCAAAACUGGCAGAUACUGCAGUGGCUGCUCAAGUGAAUGGAGAACCUUACGAUCUGGAGCGGCCAUUGGAGACAGAUUCUGAUCUCAGAUUUCUGACAUUCGAUUCCCCAGAGGGGAAAGCAGUGUUCUGGCACUCCAGCACCCAUGUCCUGGGGGCAGCAGCUGAACAACUCCUAGGUGCUGUCCUCUGCCAAGGUCCGAGCACAGAAUGUGGCUUCUACCAUGAUUUCUUCCUGGGGAAGGAACGGACAGUCCGGGGCUCGGAGCUGCCUGCUCUGGAGCGGGUUUGCAGGGAGCUUGCCGCUGCUGCGCAGCCCUUCCGGAGACUAGAGGCUUCCCAGGACCAGCUGCGCCAGCUCUUCAAGGAUAACCCCUUUAAGCUUCGCCUGAUCGAGGAGAAAGUGACAGGUCCAACGGCAACAGUAUACGGGUGUGGCCUGUUGGUUGAUCUUUGCCGGGGCCCGCACCUUCGGCAUACCGGACAGAUUGGAGGCCUGAAGCUGCUAACGAACUCAUCAUCCUCAUGGAGGUUUUCAGGUGCCCCAGAGACACUGCAGAGAGUGUCAGGGAUUUCCUUCCCCACAGCAGAGGAGUUGAGGGCCUGGGAAGAAUGGAGGGAGGAAGCAGAGUUACGGGACCACCGGCGCAUUGGGAAGGAACAAGAGCUCUUUUUCUUCCAUGAACUGAGUCCUGGGAGCUGCUUCUUCCUUCCUCGAGGGACAAGGGUGUAUAAUGCACUGGUGGCUUUCAUCAGGGCUGAGUACACCCGCCGUGGUUUCUCAGAAGUGAAAACCCCUACGCUGUUUUCUACAAAACUCUGGGAACAGUCCGGGCACUGGGAGCAUUAUCGGGAAGACAUGUUUGCCCUGCAGACCCCAGGUUCCGACAGGCCCACCUGCUCCCAGAGUGACCACCACACCAGUCAUCCCACAGACACCCUCGCCCUCAAGCCCAUGAACUGCCCUGCGCACUGCUUGAUGUUCGCCCACCGACCCAGAUCCUGGCGAGAGCUGCCCCUGCGACUGGCAGACUUCGGGGCCCUGCACCGGGCCGAGGCCUCUGGCAGCCUAGGGGGACUGACCCGGCUGCGGCGCUUCCAGCAGGAUGACGCUCACAUCUUCUGUGCCCCGGCUCAGCUGGAAGCAGAGAUCCGAAGCUGCCUUGAUUUCCUCCGCUCUGUCUACGCUGUCCUUGGCUUCUCCUUCCGCCUGGCACUGUCUACCCGGCCAUCUGGCUUCCUGGGAGAGCCUUGCCUUUGGGACCAGGCUGAGCAGGUCCUUCAACAGGCCCUGGAAGAAUUUGGCGAACCCUGGGACCUUAACCCUGGAGAUGGUGCCUUCUAUGGGCCUAAGAUUGAUGUGCACCUCCAUGACGCCCUGGGUCGACCCCAUCAGUGUGGAACAAUCCAGCUUGACUUCCAGCUGCCCCUGAGAUUUGACCUCCAGUACAGGGGGCAGGCGGGGGCCCUGGAGCGUCCAGUCCUCAUUCAUCGAGCAGUGCUUGGUUCUGUGGAAAGGAUGUUGGGAGUGCUGGCAGAAAGCUGUGGGGGAAAAUGGCCGCUGUGGUUGUCCCCGUUCCAGGUGGUGGUCAUUCCUGUGGGGGCUGAGCAAGAGGAAUAUGCCAGGGAGGCCCAGCAGAGCCUGCGAGCCAUGGGACUGGCCGCCGACCUGGAUGCUGACCCCGGGCUGACCCUCGGCCGGAGAGUCCGCCGGGCUCAGCUCGCCCACUACAAUUUUCUGUUUGGUUCAAAGCUCUGUCCUGAAGGCGGGGAGCAGAAACCUCUCAGCCGGAUUACCUGACUCUAGCUGUGCACAGCCGGCACCGGGAGCAGGCCGCCCCGUGAUCCUGGGGACCUGCACGUGUGUGCUCCACUCCACUGCCCUCCCCUUUCUCUAACGUCCACACACGUACACACACAGUUUCUUGUGUCUGCUUCUUUAUCUGUUUGUCUCUCUUUGGCUGACCCUCCUAUCUCUGACUCCUGCGCUCCUGAGUGGAAGUGAUAAGACACGUUAUAGAAUGUCCGGAACAUUCCAUUAUCUCCUCAGGAUGAGCAGAGAACUAACUCGAGCAAGAGACAGCUAAAUAUAUCCUUUCCCGGAACCACGUCCGAGCUCCCACCCCUGCUCAAGGUUUAGGUCUCUGACAUUUCUGCAUGGCAGAAGGAGAUAUCCUCUGGAUAAAUUUGCCCUGAGAUUCCCAAACCUCCCC